AUGGCGCCGGCACUGGACCUGCCCGAGGCGGUCGAGGAUGUCCUGGCAAACCCGCUCAAGGCCAAGCCCAAGCUGGUCGCGCCCGAGCCCGAGCACUGCCCCGGCCCCGAAUCGGAACAGGCCGGCCAGGCCGACUCGUGCGCCGGCUGUCCCAACCAAGAGAUCUGCGCAUCGGCGCCCAAGGGCCCGGACCCCGACAUCCCGGUGAUCACGGCGCGGCUGGAAAACGUCAAGCACAAGAUCUUGGUGCUCAGCGGCAAGGGCGGCGUCGGCAAGAGCACGUUCACGACGCUGCUGGCGCACGCCUUCUCGGCGAACCCGGACAGCAACGUGGGCAUCAUGGACACGGACAUUUGCGGGCCCAGCAUCCCCAAGAUGAUGGGCGUCGAGGCGGAGACGAUCCACGUCAGCAGCGCGGGCUGGUCGCCGGUGUGGGUGGCGGACAAUCUGGGCGUCAUGAGCAUCCAGUUCAUGCUGCCGAACCGCGACGACGCCAUCAUCUGGCGCGGGGCCAAGAAGAACGGGCUGAUCAAGCAGUUCCUCAAGGACGUGGACUGGGGCGACCUGGAUUUCCUGCUGGUGGACACGCCGCCCGGCACGAGCGACGAGCACCUCAGCGUCAAUGCGUUUUUGGGCCAGAGCGGCAUCGACGGCGCCGUGGUCGUGACGACGCCGCAGGAGGUGGCGCUGCUGGACGUGCGCAAGGAGAUUGACUUUUGCCGCAAGGCCGGCAUCCGCGUGCUGGGCCUUGUCGAGAACAUGAGCGGCUUCGUGUGCCCCAAGUGCCGCCACGAGAGCGACAUCUUCCGGGCCACGACGGGCGGCGGCCGCGGCCUGGCGGCCGAGCUGGGGCUGCCGUUCCUGGGGGCCGUGCCGCUGGACCCGCGCAUCGGCAUGGCGUGCGACUACGGCGAGAGCUUCUUUGACAGCUACCCGGACAGCCCGGCGUGUGCGGCGCUGAAGACGGUGGUGCGGACACUGGCAGGCGAGUUGGGACUGAACGGGUCCGAGGUGCUGCCCGACGGCCACGAGGAGACGUCUGGCAAGGCCCGCACGGUGUAG